GUGAACACCACCGCUCACCACUUGGCAGUAGCAUCGCCAUCAGCAAGCAGCAGCAGUAACGGCAUCACCUCGACCCUGGAUUAAAUUCGCCACUCUGUGGCCACAGCGCCCUCUAGCGCCGGCCGCAUUGAACUACAGCUCUCCCGGUUCCUGUGCCCGAGACCCGUUAUUUGUCUGGCUGCGCAGGGGAAGAAAGAGAAGUCUGGAUCGUGAAGCUACAUCCUUCGUCAGCGAUGUCAGCCCCCGGCGGAGGGAUGCGCCUGGUCCUGUGGGGCCUCCUCGUGUUCAUCAUGGCCAACGCGCUGGGCCCCAGGGCCGUGCAGGGCUGCUCCUGUGCUCCGUCGCACCCGCAGCAGGCGUUCUGUGCAGCGCACCUGGUUACACGUGCCAGGGUGGUGGGUGAGGCGGUGGUGGCCGGCCCAGAGGGAUCGGCGAGCACCCAGUACGAAAUAUCCCUGCUCCAGGUGUUCAAAGGCCCAGGAGUGCCGGGCGACGCCACGCACCUUUACACGAACCGCGAGGGCUACCUGUGUGGCGCAAAGCUCAAGACGGACACUGAGUACCUGCUGGCAGCGCGCCGAGUCGAGGAUAGGCUGCGAAUCUCCCUGUGCGACCUCGCCAAGCCUUGGGCGAGCGUGAGCGCUGCUCAGGCAGAGAACCUGGCCGGGGAGUAUGGGCGCGGCUGCGGUGUCUGCUCGAUCAAACUCUGCUACGCGAGCGAGUGUGACCGCUCGGUUCCGGGCGAGUGCACCGGCUCCUACCACGACAUGUUCGGGCUGGACGGGCGCCGCCUGUCCGAGGAGCAUGCGUGCCUGCAGACCGAACCACGUCCCGGUCCCAGCCCCGGUCCUGGCACCUGCCAAUGGGUGCAGGGCCGCUUGCCCAACAACACCGUCGCCGUUGUCGUCACCACCAGCACCGCGGAGGCCACGGAUCACGUUCCGGCGACUUGGGAUAAUUCGGCGGGGCAGUAAACACCUGGUCGCAUAUACAGCCUGCCGCGCAUACCAGUGUUACCACCGCAGUAGUAUUAUAGACUUGCCAACGCUACUGAUCUUAAUAUUAUAACACGCAUUGAUGUGCUCUGCUCACGACAGCAGGGAGGCACGGCUCCCAUCAUGCCGUGCAAGGCCAUGAGAUCACCACACCGCAUGUCCAGACCACCGACCUGAACAGAGCUAAACGUUUGGCUGUAUUAUGGACAAGGCUGAGAGCAUUGUACGUGCAAUCUGGUGAGCACAUGCAUGCCAAGGCAGGAUGGGAGACGUGACUUCAUGCUAUUGUGAGCAGCACACCUUUGUGGGUGUUUUCUUCUGUUGACAGCCUGCACGCAUUAUUUCUGUUUGGAUGGAUUUUCUCAUUAUUUACAAAAUGUGUUGGAUUUGAACUCCCGAUUUAACCAGCAGGCUGCUGAUUUUUAAACUCUUUUAACCACAUGGACGCUGGGAAAAGUAGGCCAAACACCCUCUAGAGUAUCUCUCAAGCUGCCACGUAUGGAGGCCCUUCUGCCGGCAGUGGUGUCAGCAAGUGAGGUUCAAGGCUGCACCUUUACGGUUCAAUUAUUUUAAAAGCUUAUGACACUGCUGCUGUAUAAAAAAUGUUUGGAAAAAUAAUAAAUUCUCGAUGCGAUUUUAGCUUUGAAGAUCGGUUGUGCAGGAUCGAGGGAUUACAAAUCAGCAGCUUUACCACUUAAAUCCGUGGUGUUGGCAAGUAAAGUAUGUAUUGGGUGAACCCAAACGAUGGCAUCGUUAUUUAUUUAACUAGGGAAAAUGCUGAAACGUAGAAAGUUGCCUGUCAUUGACUUAAAGCUUUCGUGACUGCAGGAACUAAUAUUCUUUGGGUCUUUCAGUGAAGUCACGUAGAUAGGUUCAAAGAAAAUAAAACAAACUACGUUUCGAUCGAAACACAAGCGUUCGUCAUCAUCUUCAUCAUCUUCCUGAUGACGAAUGCUUCCGUUGGGAUCGAAACGUCGGUAGUUUUUUGUUAUUUUCCUUGAACCUAUCUACGCGACUUUACCGAAAGACCCCAAGAAAAUUGCCUGUCAUUGUUUAGUUUUCGCGUGGCGUUAAUUAUUGAGACUGCAGACUAAGCUGUGUGCGUUGGAAGGAAGCCUUUUUGGGCCGCUACGUUUGCGUUGAAGACGUGAGGUCUUCGUGGCAUUGCUUCAGCCUGACACGUCCCAGCUGAUGGCCCGCUCUCUCGCGUUGCACAACCACGCCGAUUCGUGGAUGACCUCGAUCCCAACAAAUUUACCUUUGGCCACACCCUUCGGAUUUUCAUCCGCGUCCAGUCGCGAGUGAAACUUUUCCACGCGUCCCACGGAAAAAAAAAACCCAUUUUCACUCCGACCACUACUUGCGAUACGUACAGGCGUUGCUUAAUUUCUCACUCGACAUUUUCCGGAACGCUAAUCGGCUGGCUUGGGUGUAGGGAUUAUCGGCAUAAGGCAAUACCGCUCGGGUAAAAGGUACACCUAUCAAUAUUAUAUUAUUAUGCCCUAUAUUCAUUUAACGAUAUGGGCAGGUUUAGAACCAAAUGAGGAGACAUGGAUGUGACGCACCAAAAUAAUUCUCGGAGCAAUGUUCCGGCUGACAUUAAGCACUGCAUACGAUACUUAUAAAAUAGAAAUGUUUAACUCUUACAAAACAUUAUUUAUCAUACGUACUAAGGUUGUUAAGGGUCAUUGUCACCAUUUUUUUAAUGCCUAUAAAAUAGCCACUCAAGUGUUUGUUCACAGUGGAUGACUGCUUGGCAUUGUCACAAUCCCUCGAAAAGUACCGAUGCCAAAGGACUUGCAGAGGGCAGUACAGCCUGAGAAACGUCACUCUUCCCAAGCGCUCGCACGAAAAUGCCUUUGUCGAUAUAUAAUCUCACGUUCAUAUUCGAAUGCGGAUUUGAAUGCGGAGAUAUGUGUAUUUAAAUCAAGAGGGCAGAGGCCUGCUCUGGCAACACUGCUGGCGAGGUUGGUGGGUGGAUGUCAAACUCAACCAUAAACCAACACUGCCACAACCCUCACCGUGACCCUUCACCCUGCCGUGUUUAAAAACACCGCCGCGGCAACAUUCACAUAUACCAUCACCACUUAUAAACUAAACUCCACGAUGCACAUCUAAAACGUCACUAGUCACCUCUUACAUUUCUUUCGACUUUCACAUCCAGUUCUAUGGCAAUUCCGCGAGCACCUCCGCCUCCCCAAAACCAUUUCCGAUCGUGCCGAGGUCGCUGGUAGGUGAAAAUAAAACGACUCUAACACGCUGGGCAAGAAGUCUUUAGGUUUACGUUCUCAGGAAUAUGAUUUUGUCCAAAUUUGAAGCACGUCUGUAGCCGAUGUUGUCACUUCUGUCGAUGGUCGUCGUCGUAUGAGCUGUGCGAUUGCGCUUACUUAACGCGUCGAUAUGUUUGGCGUAAAAAAAAACCGAGGGUUUACUAAACGGGGCACGGAGUAAUUUUACUAAGGGCGCUGCGGUGGCGAGAUGUUAACUCUCUCGCCUGGUUUACAGGAGAUCGUGGGUUGGAUCCCGACCCUGACGCCUGUUGUAUAUUUGGAGUUUGCAUCUUUUCCCCAUUUAGAAACAUGCGUUUAGAGUAUUUGACUGAUAUAAAUUUCCACGUGAUAAGCCACUUCGUUGAGCUAUCAUGUGGCCAGGUCGCUUCUAAAAAAAGAGCUACAGAGCUCCGUGGGCCUUAUCACCGAAUAGUUGUCGGAUCACUGGUGGCAUAUACAACCAGAAGACACACAGCAAGGUUGCUAAAAUAUUUUCUGUGUCAAGACUGGAGCAGGCGGCUCGUGAUUGGCAAACUACAGCCAGGGUAAGAGGAACGGUGGACGCGGUUGUACCGGGUGCGGAAAUUCUCCUAUUGCCGACAUGGACAGACGCGGCUGAAAUUAAGCCCCUGGGUGUAACAUUCAAGAGAUGUAUAAGCACUUGCGGUCAAACGCCAUUCAAUUUCAAACAGCACUUUAAACUGGACCUCAUAUGGGAGGCAACUUGUACGCGCGCAACAUUAGUUUCCAUAGUGCAAUUUAAAUGCCGCUUUAGAUUUCAAGUAGCGAAUAAGCAUGCAGUGUUACGGUUUUCAUCGUAGGGCAUUUAAAUGGUAACUCUGGAUCAUAGCAGGCUUGCACAUAAUAAAGGCCACUACUGUAUGUUGUGCCAGUGUU